AUGGACGCGGACUUCAGCCACCACCCGAAGUUCAUCCCGACGAUGAUCGCCAUCCAGAAGGAGACGGACGCCGAUAUCGUCACGGGCACGCGCUACGCCAGCCGCGGCGACAUCAAGGGCGGCGUCUACGGAUGGGACCUCUUCCGCAAGUUCACGUCGCGUACGGCGAACCUGAUCGCUGAUGUUAUGCUCAUGCCCGGGGUUAGUGACCUGACGGGUAGUUUCCGGUUGUAUAAGAAGAGUGUGCUGGAGAAGGUUAUCUCGAGUACUCAGAGUAAGGGGUAUAGUUUCCAGAUGGAGAUGAUGGUGCGCGCGAAGGCGAUGGGGUUCAAGGUUGCUGAGUGUCCGAUUACCUUUGUGGAUCGGUUGUAUGGCGAGAGCAAGCUGGGUGGAAGUGAGAUUGUGGAGUACCUGAAGGGAGUGUUGACUUUGUGGUUGAAGGUUUGA